AUGACGAAGAACACCCUCCUAUACGCGCUCAUGGUAGCCAGCCUGGCUGUCGGCCACGUCCACGCUGGCCCACAAAUGGCACAAGAUUCCUCUCUCACUACUCUCGCCGUUCGGUCGCGGUAUCGUCCUGGGACCAGGAUCGUCGACGCGGACCGAUCUCGCAUUAAGGCUCUGAGGGACCGCGGCAACCGCGUCUCUGCGCAGGGCUCGAGCAAGAGGGCCGGCGUAUUCUCGUCCGAUGUCACGAAUGUCGCCGUCACCUACCUGGCCAGUGUUGGCGUGGGAUCACCUGCCACGCAAUACAACCUGCUCGUCGACACCGGAUCUUCGAAUACGUGGGUUGGUGCCGACAAGAAGUAUAAGAAGACGGACAGCUCGGACUGUCGGCCUGGUCAAUUCGUCGAGGUUACGUAUGGGUCCGGGGAGUUCUUUGGCGAAGAAUGUUCGGAUACGGUGACUCUGUCGCCAGAGUUGGUCAUUCGCAACCAGUCUAUCGGCGCGGCAUUCCAGGCAAGAGGUUUUGGCGAUGGCAUUGACGGGAUCUUGGGCAUCGGGCCCGUAGAUCUUACUGAGGGCACUGUUACCGGCCAGGAUACAGUUCCUACAGUUACCGAUAAUCUCUUUUCUCAAGGCACCAUAUCAUCCAACGUUGUCUCCGUCUACUUUGCCCCGAGCGUUGAAGAGGAGUCCACCAACGGUGAACUGACCUUCGGCGGAGUGGACACCAGCAAGACGACAAGCGACGUCGCCUACGUGCCUAUAACCACCACCUCCCCAGCCUCCGCGUACUGGGGUAUCGAUGAGACCAUCAAGUACGGCGAUGUAGAGAUCCUUCCCACAUCCGCCGGUAUUGUUGACACUGGAACAACGCUUCUCUACCUCGCUUCUGAUGCGUACAACCGUUACGUCAACGCCACUGGCGCCACCCUCGAUAUGACUACCGGAUUGCUACGCAUUACCCCUGCGCAGUAUAACUCGUUGAAGAACCUCGACUUCAUGAUUGGUUCCAACACCUACAGUUUGACUCCGAACGGGCAAAUCUUCCCUCGUACCAUGAACGCUGCGAUCGGGGGCUCGGACGAUUACGUAUAUUUGGCUGUCAACGACAUUGGAACAAUGUCUGGAUCAGGCAUGGACUUCAUCAAUGGCUACGUUUUCCUGGAGCGAUUUUACAGCGUCUACGACACAACCAACAACCAGGUCGGAUUUGCGACAACGGCGGAGACGGACUCGACGAUCAAUUGA